AUGAAGACUUGUGUUCGAGCUUUACGAAGUGAAUUACAAUCAAUGAAAAGCGUACCAGUUACUGAACUGGAAGUAUAUGAAAAAUUGUUCAAUAUUAUUGAACAAUUUGCUCAACAUCAAAAUCUCUCGUUUUAUUUAACAAGAUUACAUGACGAACUUUAUCGUAAAAUGCAUCCUCAAACAACAAAACCAUAUCCUCCUGAGGUUGCUUAUUAUUGGGAAUCUAUACGUUUCCAUUCAUCUGAACGAGUGUUACAGCUUCUAAAAGGGAAUAAUAACAACAGCAAUAUUCAUGUUCCUCAUCCGGAUUCCCUUAAGAAUUGGGCAGGCCCACCUAUUUAUGGUCACCUAUACACGGACGAAACUAUUAAGAAACUAGUCACAACCACUCUAGAACAACAUGGAUCAUGUAUUGCUCUUAUUUCAUGGGAUAUUGUAACUGUUAGACCAUGCUUGUCUUAUGGUCAAAAUGGCUAUGCUUUUGGAUUAGAUUCAGGUCCUGUUACACAUACACAAUUUUUACAAGAAAAUUAUUCGUCAGAUAAUUUUGCGAAGAAGGCCAUUGUAUUUCAAAUUAUUGAUUUAUAUGGCAACUUUGAAGAAAUGAAAACCUUUCCAAAUGUUUGUGCUGUCUUUGCUCUUCCAAAUUCCAAUAUGUUCUCUUUUAUUAUGGACAAGGUUAGAGAAAUAGAUCAAAAAUGGUCUGUUCAUGAAAAAUUUUGUAUAAUCGGUUCUGUCACGGAUGGUGAGUUUGAACCAGCUACAGUAGAGAAUUUUUUGAACAAUAAUGAGCGCAAACAAUGGACUCAUUGUGAAGAUUACAUUCACAUUCUCAAGCGAUUAAGAAAUCCAUUAAUUGACAGCAGUCAUGCAAUAUCUAUGAUGGGUUUGAUUUAUCUGAAUUCCAAGUACGACAAUCUUAAUAGAAAGUUAAGGAGAUCAGAUUUAAUUGUCAAAGAUGAAAUGAAUGUAGAAAGUUGUUUGAAUCUCAUGAAGGAGGAUGUAUUGCAAGCAUUACAAACAAUUAGAUCUUACUUAAAAGAAGAAUUCUCCUGGAACAAACAAAGGUGGCUGCAUUAUGCGAAUCCGAAUCAAAAGGAGGUUGGGUUUGAGUUUGGGAAUAUCGCCCAUUCAGUGAUCCCAAAAAUUUUAAAUUUUCAAAUAAACAACAUAUUUAGUUGUCUUAGGACCUAUAACGAUAGGAUCUUGCUCGGUUAUUUGUUCUGA